CGCGGCGCCUCGAGAUCUCGGGCUCGGCGUCUCCCUGCCCUGGCCGGGCCGCCCCGCUGGGCCCUUGCUCGGCGCCCGCUGGAAGCCCCGGGUCGUUCCGGACCGAGCCCCGCGCCUCCCACCACCCCCAGACUCUCGCUCCUGCUCUCAUGGCGGACAGGAAGCUGGUGGUGGUUUUUGGAGCCACAGGUGCCCAGGGCGGCUCGGUGGCCAGAACGCUCCUGGAAGAUGGGACGUUCGGGGUCCGGGCGGUGACGCGGGACCCUGCGCAGCGCGCGGCGCGGGAGCUGAGGCUGCGAGGGGCAGAAGUGGUGCGGGGAGACCAGGAUGACCCGGCCAGCAUGGAGCGGGCCCUGAGCGGGGCUCACGCCGCCUUCAUUGUCACGAACUACUGGGAGCAUCUCAGCCGGGAGCAGGAGGUCAAGCAGGGGAAGCUGCUGGCCGAUCUGGCCAAACGCCUGGGCCUCUCCUACGUGGUCUACAGUGGCCUGGAGAACAUCAAGAAGCUGACGGGCGGGAGGCUGGCGGCAGGCCACUUUGAUGGCAAGGGUGAGGUGGAGGCCUACUUCCGGGACAUCGGCAUGCCCAUGACCAGUGUGCGGCUGCCCUGCUAUUUCGAGAACCUCUUCUCCUACUUCCUGCCUCAGAAAGCCCCGGAUGGAAAGAGUUACCUGCUGAGCUUGCCCAUGGGUGACGUCCCCAUGGAUGGGAUGGCUGUGUCGGACCUGGGUCCUGUGGUGCUGAGCCUGCUGCAGAUGCCGGGAGAGUACGUCGGACAAGACCUCGGGCUCAGCACCUGCAGGCACACCGUGCGGGAGUAUGCUGCCCUGCUCUCCAAGCACACGGGCAAGGCCGUGCAUGAUGCCAAGACAACCCCAGAGGAGUACGAGAAGCUGGGCUUCCCCGGGGCCCGGGACCUGGCCGACAUGUUCCGUUUCUAUGCCAUGAAACCCGAGCGCAACAUUGAAUUAACCCUGAGGCUCAACCCCAAGGCCCGGACCCUGGACCAGUGGCUGGAGCAGCACAAAGGGGACUUUGCCAGGCUGUGACCUGCCCUGGGUUUGUUGGGGAGAGAAAGGCACAGAACUACAGUUGCCUUUUUUGUGAUGAUUUUUUUAAAAUUUUUAAGUAAAGGUUUUCAAAUGAAA